AUGGCCUCGGGGGCAGGUCCUACGCUUGCUCAUCGCAGCGUGGCCAGCAUCCGAGGAGGUCCUCCUCAGGGGUCAGGCCCCUCCACUCCACACACCCCAAACCGCUCCAUCACUUCCACCUACGGCUCACCGUCCACCAUACGAGCUGAUGACGAUGUCAUCGUGAUUGAGCUGGGGUCACGCCACAUUCGGGUGGGCUUCGCCGGCGACGCCUCUCCCAAGGCCACGCUCCAAUGCAGUCCUGAAGAUCAACGCCGUGCUGGCGACUAUCGGGGUUGGGAGCAACCGAGACGGCCACCUGGGUUGGAAUGGUCUAAGGAGCAUGAGUUUUGGCGGUUUGAUCUGCGAGAAAUUGAUGUUGGCCUUUUUCAGGACAAGCUGGAGCGUGUAGUGCGAGAUGCAUUCACCAGAUACCUUCUUAUCGACUCUCGGCCUAGAAGGCUGGGCCUAGUUUUGGAUUCCGCUGUUCCGGUGCCACUAUUAACAGCUGUACUGGACACCAUGUUCAACCGCUUCCAGGCUCCUACUAUUUCUCUCAUGUCAAGUCCAGUCAUGUCCACAGUCGCCGCUGGCGUCCGAUCUGCAUUGGUCAUCAACUUGGGAUGGUCCGAGACGGUUGUUACCAGUAUUUACGAAUACCGAGAAGUAAAGAGCACACGAACUAUUCGAGGAGGAAGGACGCUCCUCGACUCACUCUACGAAGCUAUCCAGCCAUUACUCCCAGGAGAGCAUGACGACAAGAAGCAAAGGUCCAUCACGUUUGAGGAGUGCGAGGAUAUUAUGUGCCGCUUGAUAUGGUGCAAGUCCUCCGAAUUCAGGUCAUCUCAGAGACAGUCGACGCAAUUAGAAACAGUCGACGAGCAAGAAGAACUCGAGGCCGAGUCGGCACAGGCUGGUGUUCCCACUGGAGUUGCCCAAAUACCCAUCACCACUGGUGCCCAGCCCACAACGAUCGAAGUCCCUUUUGAAAAGCUGGCCGAGAUUUGCGAUGACGCCUUUUUCGACCCCUCGGCGAACCGGGCAACCUUCGAUGAUCACGACCUGCCAGUACACUUGCUCAUAUACCGCCAUCUUCUGCAGCUUCCGAUGGAUGUAAGGGCAAUCUGCAUGUCACGGAUCAUGUUUACGGGAGGCUGCUCGAAUAUCCUAGGCCUUAAACAACGAAUUAUUGAUGACCUGUCAGCUAUCGUUGAUAAGAGAGGCUGGGAACCUGUCUUUGGCAAGGUCGUGGAUCAGCGUCGAAGCACUGUCAGACUCAACCGACAAUCCAGCAGUUCAUCCCCCAGUGACGGAUCCUCAUCACCAUCGCAGUCCGGGGAAGAGGUGGAAAAGCCUGUCAAGACCGCUGCUGAUAUCAAGCCUGAGUGGGAUCCAAUUGGUGCCAAGGUUGCACGACAGCGAGAGACGGCACCGCAGAUGAAAGGCCAGAUCCGAGUGCUUCAUUCUCUUGGACCAUGGAUCGGAGGUAGUCUUCUCUGCCAGCUCAAGGUGCCAUCAAUAGCCAUCAUCGAUCGCGAGAUAUGGCUGCAACAAGGUGUACAAGGAGCCUCUCGCCCAACAGAGGUGGACCUCAAGGCACAACAACGACAAAGCAUGCAGGCUGGCGGUUACUCUCGAGGCGCUGGAGGACACCACGGCAAUUGGACAUUGGGGACAUGGGGAUUCUUGUGA